AUGGCUUCAAAGAUCAUAGUCUUCUCCCUGCUUGCUCUCGUCGUCGCUUAUACAAUGAUGGUGAGUAUUCCGAUAGCAGAAGCUGAGCUUGUUUUUCCUUGCAAAACAACAUAUGAUUGUGAGUCACCUCUUCCCUGCUCGGGUAGGCCAUCUCAAUGUAUAAAGGGACAAUGCAAAUGCACCGUUCCAUUGACUCAUCAAGAAAAACUCGAUAAUCUAAUAACAAUGGAUGAUGCUAAGACAUGCAAGCUGACGAGUGAUUGUGAUCCUCGUAUGAAAUAUUCUUGUUCUUCGGGAUCUUAUAUGUGUGUUAAUGGCGUUUGUACUUGUAUCUAAUCUUAAUAUACUAGGACCGGAUCCGCAUUACAGCACGGAGAAAUAUUCACGGAUAUUACUUCUUA